AUUGCAGGCUCCGAUCAGCACUUUUGGCUGGUACUUUUUUUUCUUGGACAACAGCCCUGGCAGAUAACACGCGAUCAGAGAAUUGGGAGGAGAAAGAGAGGAAGCUUUUAGUGUUUGUGUGAACGGUGGUGAAAGUCGUCUUCUGUAACCUGCUCUUGCCUCACGCCAAAGGGACAAUUCCCGACGCGUUUGAUGGCACCUGAAUUCUGCAAUGUGCGUGUAAAUACUAUGGAUUAAUGGGACUAUGACGGCAGAUCAUAGAUCAUCCAGUUACAUGCCCACCGGACCUUAUAACCAACCUUACAAAAUGGACAUAUACAUGAAUUUUACCAAGAACGGAAACCAACCUUUGAUGAAUGAACAAAACCAGAACAGCGACACCAACGGCGGACCUAAGUUUCAUCAAGCCAACAUGGUCAAGGACGUGGAGGAUCUCAAUCUAGCCAACAGAGAUCCCAUCAAUAUGACGUCACACGUCAGGAUUGGCUUUGAGGAGGUGUUUGCGGAACCUGACCAUCAGCAGAGCUUCGAUGCAGUCUGGACAACCAGCUUCAUCGUCUACACCCAAUCGAAGAUGUGGUGUUAUCGACUCCUGUCCGCAGCCUUAGCCAUUCCACUAGCUCUCAUUUGUGGAGUUCAACUAGCCUUCUUGACCUUCUGUCACAUCUGGUGGGUAGUACCGUGUUCAAGAGUAUGGAUCUUCAUAUUGAACUGGGUAGGAAGCCUAUGGGCAACCUGCAUCCGUGCCCUCUGUAAUCCCAUCACAGAAUCAUGCAGCAUGCUCCUAGGCAACGUCAAGGUCCAGAUGUACACCCCGCAACACGUAUAGCAGAUGUCUGGAAGAAUGGGAAAAUGGUGGAAGGACUGCAGAAGUAGGAUUCCAAUGUGAUGCCCAGAGGACGUGCUUGGAAAUGUUAGGGAAUUUAAUAGUGGUCUUACAGAGAGACGUUCGUGGAAGAACAUAGAGAACCUAAAAAUGUGGAGACAGGAAGACGCGCAUGGGUGGAAGAACAAGGAAUCAUAAUAAUGAUGAUACAUUCACAGGAGAACGAUCGAGGAAGAACUAGGGAAUGCAUUGAUUCACAGGAUGACGUUCGUGGAAGAACUAGGGAAUGCAUUGAUUCACAGGAUGACGUUCAUGGAAGAACUAGGGAAUGCAUUGAUUCACAGGAUGACGUUUGUGGAAGUACGAAGGAAUGUAAUUAUGGAUUCACAGGACGUCCAUGGAAGAACUAGAGAACGUAAUGAUUGGAUUUACACGAGGACGUUCCUGGAAGACCUCGAGAAUAAUGGAUUCCAUAGACACGUGGAAGAACGAACCAAGGCUUUUCACAGUUGCCCAGAAGGGUAUCUUCCAGAAAUGUUGUGUGUAGGGAAAUCUGUAGUGAGAUUCAUUGAACGAUGAAAAUGUUUGUGGAGGUGUUCCAGACCCGGGUGCCAGAUGAUACAGUGUCAUCUGGAACACUGGAAGAACUAAGUGUUAGAACAGGUGGGAUACGGCGAGCAGCAAAGCCAACCAGGAACGCUGUAAAAUUAGAGCACCUAACAUCAGCACAGUCGUUGCCUUGUGGAUGGAUAUCUGGGGACGUUUCUUCAACAAAUUUUCGUCUGACAGGAUGUCAGAUCUGACUACUUUUCUCGGGUUUUGAUUGGCUGGGAAACUUAAGUGUCUGACUGUUACUAUGGUAACUGUAUGACAACUUUCAUGAAACGGUACCCGAGAUCGAUUGAUAUAUAUAAUAAGUGGUAUCCAUUUCAAAGAUUGGUAUAUCUCCUGGAGUUGUUUUCAAGAUCAUGUUUUAUAUUUCUUGGACCUUCCGACUGAAGAUGGGAAAAAAAAACAUUAAAAGGGCUAACAGAGCAUGAGGAGCAGUCUUUUAGUGCAAUCAUCAAGGAACACAUUUUUGUUUCGCGUCCAGGAAGCAAACAUCAAUAAUCAAUGGCUUUGGUGAUUACGAUUUAUUUUUUAUAUUGAACCUGCUUGUCAUCACCUGAAAAAAAAAACACCCGAAAGAUUCUACUCCACGUUACUCUUAGAUUAUUUUUACAGGACAUACACAUGCCUUGUCAAUGUAUUGUAUAAUUCGAAGUCAAGCAGAUGUUCCCAGGUAUAGCCCCAAUGACGUCUCUAUCAUCCAGUCACUUUGAUCAAUUUGAUGAUUCUUGUGCAAAUGGGGAAAACAUUCAAUUAAUUUGAAUGAAUCACUGAACACAUUUUGGAUCUUCAAGGGGCCAGUCAAUGACUCUUGUUCAAAACAGGCGAGCACAUAACGCCUGUUUGAUACCAUUUUAACCUAUUCGUUGUUAACUGGAAUUGAAAUCAAUAGACACGAAUUGUGGAGGAUAGAAACAAUGAAUCAGUACAAGUCCAUCAUUAUAAUUUUUGAAUAAUUUGUCACUAGCUAUUAAUUUGCACGCAUUAAAAGGCAUAGGACAUCGUUCGAAUGACCAAAAACUGUUCGUGCAACCGACACCUUAAGAGACUUGAAGAAGCGGGCCUUGGCUUUGGGAAGUUGAGAUAUAUGACAAACACUACCAGGGGGGUGUGACUUCGUAGCCCCCUCCCCCUCUGAGAGGAGUAGGCUUCGAUGUGCCAGCAUUUUUUUAUGUAGCUGAUAGAGAAAAAAAAACUACUCUUAACUCUCAAAGUGAUAAAAGAGUGUAGAUAAAUGCAUUCAGUUUUUAACCAUACAUUAUACAUAUUAGUCUACGAAAAUCCAUACAAAAAGCGACAUUUUAGAUAUUUGAGUAUUCAAGUUUGAUACAUCAUAAAUCUCCUAAGAAGCAUGAUAUUCAGUUGGAAUUUCGUCCACAUGACAAUAGUAUAUAAUUAAAGUUUUCUGGAACAUUUCAAUGUAAUUGCUUCAUUUUUCUGUGAUUUAUGUAAAAUCAAGUAUUUUCCAAAUUUUCCAAAUUUUCCAUUUGGGGGGAAAAUACCCCCAAAAAUGCAGUUUUCUAUAUAAAAUCUCAGCCAAAUGACCUAUUUAUCCCCUAUUAAAAGUAUUAAAUUGUAGGAAAUUUAUUUAUCUAUCAUAUGACACCAAUUGUGUCGUAAUUGAAUGUUUAUAUAAAGAUCUAUGUACGAAAAUUUAAAUUUUCUGACAAUUUGGCGGCUAUUUAAAAAAAAAGCGCCCCACGGGUUUAUUUUCAGGAUAUAGCCUAUUUACUUCAUAUUCAGCGUAUAAAAAUGGUCUAGAAGCACCAUAUGAAAUAUUCUCCUUCUCCGAGUGAGACCUCUAUUAAUUAUAACCCGGACUAACACAUGCACAAUGCAUAAGCAUUGACGUGUCAUUUCCCUCAUCUCUGCUUUGAGAAUGAUAGAGAUUGGCGAUUGAAUCAAAUGAAUUGAAGUCAGUAAAAGUUCGGAUAUGAAAGCAGUAUUAUGACUUUUGUAGAAUGUUACUAUUACAUUUGAAUUUUUACAAAUUUCGAAUGACCGUUAUGUUAUGUUUUCAUUAAGUAAUAUCCUCGUAAAAAUACCUGAUUUAGCGGCCUCUCUCAGUAAAUUUAAUAUGCAACGAUUUCUGUCAACAUACAGAUACCUUCUGACCCUUCUCUUUUUAAAAGGCCACGUCCACCCCCAUCAAAGGGUUGGUUUGAAUUUUUAAUGGGACAAUUAGGAAAAAAAAUAUAUCACGUCAGAUUUCGUCAAAAUCGAAUGUAAAAUAUGAAAGUCAUGGCAUAUUAAAUUCAUAAGACAGUGAUAAUUGCACAUCACAAGCUGUAUACGAAUGAAGGUGCCGAUGAUACAACUCAUUCAGUAUUAAAAAAUACGAUAUGAAAUAUAUAUUACUUCAAUUGUAGAUAUGAUUAAGCAAUUCAUAAUAAAUUAUAAUAAUGACAAUGUCGUUGAUAAUUUCUUUCCGAUUAUAUACAAAGUCAUUUUGAAAUGAUCAUUUAAAGGUAUAUUUGUGAAUAUUUGUGAAUAUAACGUAGACAUAUCAAACCUGCACUCAGUGUUACUAUGUAAAGGUUUUAUGAAAUAAUUAUUUCAUGACAUAAUGAUGAUAGUAAAUGAAAUUCUAGGACACUUAAAGAGUCAGAAAAAAUUGUCCUUUAUUUUUAUGACGCUUAUGUAUUUUUUUUAUAUUUUCCAGUCAACAUAGCUACAAUAAAUUACAAUGCCUGUAAAGCAAAGAUUAUUCCAUAUAUCAUAAAAUAUAAGAUUUCUAUAACAUUCGAUGAAAAAUCGUUUAUAUAAAUACUGUACAUAUAUAUUAUAUAUUCUCUGUACAAAAUAAAGAUAAUAAAUCGUAUAAUGAACUU